AUGGAUCCUGUCGCGUGCAAAGAUGCCUUUGUCCAAGACAACUGCCCCAUCACCAUAAUGCCUUCCAACCUCACUGUACCUCGACAAAGCACUGAAGCACGCCACAUGGCCAAUUUUCGCCCUUAUCAGAACACAUAUGGCCGAAAAAGUCGACGAUCUCGUGAAAGUUCCUCCGCCGAUCCUUCUCUGUCUGAUUCGGACUAUGCGGAGCCAAUUCUCCUGCCAGAUGAUCCUACUGGAGAGACUAUCGUCAAUGCAUCUCAGUCCGAGGUGCCUCCUGAAGAACUAACUGUUAUCCCCAACACCGACAUUAGUGCUCUUGAAUCUGGCGCGUCCCAGCAGCCAACCUCUCGCACCACUGCUGCAACAACCAGUUCUGAUGAUGUACAAUUCAUUGCUGGACCCUUCAAGGCUACCUAUCCUCGCAAAUCACUUCCACAGAAACUCGCAGUUAUAAAGCACAAGAACAAGGAAGCUAGGGAGCGAAUGGAUGUAUUUCUGUUGAAACAGCGAGAAAAUUUGAAUUGCCACAUUUGCCUUUCCAUCGUCAACCGUCCAUUCAUAUUAUCUUGCGGUCACUUCUUCUGUGCGGAAUGCAUAUCCGAAUGUGCUAAGUAUCAUGUUCAAAAGCGGACCAACCCCAGAUGCCCUGACUGCCGCGUAAUCACUGGCCAUUUCACGCCUAUAGAAGCUCAUCACUUGCAGCAAAUGGCUGUUGCAUUACGAUCGGAGCUCGGUAUUCCCCAACCUCCUCGAGGCUCUCUGAAAUGGCCCUCUAUCUUCAAGUCACGCAAAGCUACUCUCCCUUACUUACAUGACCAUGCUAACUAA